AUGGCGUGGCGGUGCUCGGGAAGCUCCAACGCAGGGCUCGUGGCCAACCUGUGGACGCACGGCCUCAUCACCGAGCCUCUGGUCAAGGAGGCCUUUCUCAAGGUCGACCGCAGGCACUACGCCCCGGCCAUGCCCUACCAAGACUCUCCCCAGUCCAUCGGCUACGACGCCACCAUCUCCGCCCCCCACAUGCACGCCUCCGCCAUCGAAAACGUGCUCUCCCGGCUGCUCCCCUCGGAGACGUCCCCGGCUCCGCGCGUCCUCGACGUCGGCUCCGGCUCGGGCUACCUCACGCACAUCUUCGCCGAGCUGGUGGGCGACCGGGGGCUCGUCGUGGGGCUGGAGCACAUCAGGGAGCUGCGGGACCUGGGCGAGGCCAACAUGCGCAAGAGCGACGAGGGCAGGCGGCUGCUCGACGAGGGCAGGGCCAAGUUCGUGCUCGGGGACGGCCGGCUGGGGUGGCGCGAGGCGGCGAGGCCGGGCGAGGAGCAGUUUGGGACGGCGUGGGAUGUGAUUCAUGUUGGGGCCGCGGCGAAGGAGGUGCAUGCGCCGCUGCUGGAGCAGCUCAAGGCGCCGGGAUGUAUGUUUAUUCCGGUGGACGACGACGCCUCCGGGUGGGAUCAGAGCGUGUGGCGCAUCGAAAAGGACGAGGCCGGGAACGUGACGAAGAAGAAGCUCUUUGGGGUGCGCUACGUGCCCUUGACGGACGCCCCCAAAAGGUGAGG